GGAUGCGGAUGCGGAUGCGGAUGCGAAGCUGGCGGCCGAGGUGGCGGCCGAGGUGGCGUCUGCGGCGGCCGCCGCGGAUGCAGAUGAGGAUGAUGAGAUCCGCGGGGGCUAUGAGGGGAACCCAGAUUUUCCGAUGGCCUCCCUGUACGUGGGCGACCUGCACCCUGAGGUGACCGAGGCGAUGCUGUAUGAGAAGUUCAGUCCAGCUGGGCCCAUCCUCUCGAUCCGCAUCUGCAGGGACAAGAUCACCCGCCGCUCAUUGGGCUACGCGUAUGUCAACUACCAGCAACCGGUGGACGCCAAGCGGGCCCUGGAGACCCUGAACUUUGAUGUCAUAAAGGGCAGGCCAGUGCGCAUCAUGUGGUCCCAGAGGGACCCGUCGCUCCGCAAGAGCGGGGUGGGCAACGUCUUCAUCAAGAACCUGGGCAAGACCAUCGACAACAAGGCGCUGUACAACAUCUUCUCGGCGUUCGGCAACAUCCUCUCCUGCAAAGUGGCCUGUGACGAGAAGGGGCCCAAGGGCUACGGGUUCGUGCACUUCCAAAAGCAGGAAUCUGCGGAGCGGGCCAUCGAUGUGAUGAACGGCAUGUUCCUGAACUACCGCAAAAUUUUCGUCGGGAGAUUCAAGUCGCAUAAAGAACGAGAGGCCGAAAGGGGAGCCUGGGCCAGGCAGUCCACUAGUGCUGACGUCAAGGAUUUCGAGGAAGACACCGACGAGGAGGCCACCUUGCGAUGAAGACAUCCCAGGAGCUAGCCAGCCAGCAGAGCCGAACCUUGGCUCACACCCGGUGAUACAAUUUCAUGGUAGAACCAUCAGAAAGGAGAAGGAUAUCAGAUGAGGGAAGAAACAAGAGAGUAAUUGCUCCCCUGGUCCUACUCCCACAGGGAGAACCACUUUUACCUUUUUGGUGUGCUGCUUUUCCAGGCUCUCUUCUCUCCCUCUCUCUCCUUUGCUCACCCCCACCCCGCCUUCCCUUUUAACACACUGUUAUAGAAUGGUUCACGUAUGUGGUGUUUCUUAACCUGCUUUUUCAGCAACUAAAACCAAACAAAAAUCAACCCAUUGAACUUCUUUCCAUGUUAUCAACAGGCUUAUGAAACGUCAUCUUCAGUGCCUGCAGAGUGCUCCAGUGUAUCCGUGGACCUUAACAUUUCUGUAAUCAUUCCCGCAUUGUUGGACAUUCAGGUGGUGCCUAGUUGUUUCCCUGUGUUUAAGACCAACAUUGCGUGCUCUGUGCUUUGAUGAGUGAAUCCUUCCUUGUCAAGCCAAAUCUUCGCUAGCAUCCCGGUGGUCUCCGUAACUGUGGACUUGCAAGAUCCACAUAUAGACAUUUCAAAGACUUUUCCUGUGUGUCGCCAAAAGGCCCCCUUCAUAAGCAUUGUACCGAUUUGCACUCGUGCCGGCCAGCGCAGCUAGUAAAGUGUAUGCCCGUUUCCCCUGCAUAGUCUCCUGGUCACUGUAAUUGAUCGUGUGUGUGCGUGCGUGCGUGUGUGCGUGUGUGUGUGUGUGUGUGUGUGUGUGUCUUGGCCAGCUUGGCGGGCUGCAAAGGCUAUUUCCCUGUCCUCGGUGGUUUUGUUGCAAUCAAACACUGUUUAUUACCCCCUCCCCCUGUGACCACUUCCUGUCUUUUUCCGUGUUGUCAGAAAAAUAAUUCAGCGUCAUUGCAGGAAAAAAAUCAUCACGAAGCAGACAAGUUAACAGAAGAAAAGUAAAGUCACCAGUAAUCGUUUCCGAUGAUUACUUAUACAUUCCUGGAACGUUUUCAUCUGUAUCUGCCCUGUAUUUUUCAUGUGACAUAUAUGUGAAAUUAUUGUAUAUACUGUUUCAAUAUCUGCUUUUUCACACAUAAAUAUAUAUUAUAGACAUAGAUUUAUAGAUAUUCUUGAACUUUCAUGUCAUUAAAUAUUCUUCUAAAAUAGUUUUCAUGGAUGUUUAGUGCUCUAAUGUGUGAUUGGGCUUGAUAGAGUGAUAGAUAUAUGUACAUAUUAGAUAUAGAUAUGGGGAUAUAUUUGUUUCAAGUAAUUGUUGGACAUCUGCGUUGUUUCAUUUUGUUUUCUUAUGGAAGCCAAAGCUGCCAGCAAGAUCACAGUGCACAAACAUUACAUUCAUGUUUAUUUCCUGAACAAAAGGUAAUAGUAUAAUUGAAGGAUGAAGAGAUAUGGGAGGUUUAAAAUCUUCUUUUUUCCUUCUUUAGUAAGUGACCAUUGAUAAAGAUAGUACAAAUUUACCCUCAUAAAAUAUGCAGAUAUUGUGAGUGUACCUGGAUACCUGUACAGUUUUUGAGACUUGGUAUUAAAUUACUUAUAAUUUGA